AGAUCAUGUAACACGGGUCUUCCAUUUUUCAGAUAUUUUUGGGUGGAAAAUGGUGUUUUAGAGGAUUAGACACUAAGCAAGACUUUUGCCUUCCUCCUUCACCAGUCACCACUAACUAAACUGCUUCUCUCUCUCUUUCUGCGUCCUCACUGGUGCUAGGCUAUGCUAUAUUAGUAUUCUCCUAUGAAUUUUUUGGAGAGAGAAAAAUGGGUGAUUUGGUGGUGAGCAGCGGAGGUGGAAUGGAAUUGGAAGUGAGAGAAACAGAGAUGGAGAUGGAACCAGAGAUGGAGACGCCGACCAAGAAGAAAGAAGAGGGUUCAUCGGCUAAUCCGUCUGUGGUGAGGUGGGAGAGGUUUCUACCUCGUAUGGUUUUACGAGUUUUGCUGGUCGAAGCCGAUGAUUCGACUCGACAAAUUAUUGCAGCCCUCCUCAGAAAAUGCAGUUACAAAGUUGCUGCUGUUCCUGAUGGCUUAAAAGCAUGGGAGAUACUCAAAGUAAGACCAAAUAAGAUAGACCUCAUAUUGACAGAGGAGGAUCUGCCAUCAAUCUCUGGAUACGCACUUCUUACCUUGAUUAUGGAGCAUGAUAUCUGCAAAAAUAUUCCUGUUAUAAUGAUGUCCUCUCAUGAUUCAGUUAGUACAGUUUAUAAAUGCAUGUUGAAAGGUGCCGCUGACUUCCUUGUCAAGCCUGUUAGGAAAAAUGAGCUGAGGAACUUGUGGCAGCAUGUCUGGAGGAGACAAGCUUCAAGUGGUAGUGCACAUGGGCCACUGGAUGAGAGUGUUGCACAGAAAAAGGUCGAAGCCACUGCAGAAAACAAUGCUUCUAGUAAUCAUUCAAGUGGAUAUAUGGUUUGUAUUCAGAGAAAUAGGGAGUGCAUUGAAAAAGGGAGCGAUGCUCAGAGCUCUUGUACUAAACCAGAUUUGGAAGCAGAGAAAGCACACAUGGAGCAUAUGAAGGAUCUCUCACCGGCCAAACAGAACAAAUCUGUACAAGAACAAGAAGAAUGUUUGAAAGCGAGUAUGAAGUUGCCAACACUAGACUGUGAAGCUGGGGGAUCAGUGGCGGCUGCAGGCAAAGACGAUAAUGCCACUUAUCAGGGAGAAGACAUGGAUCCUGAUAGUCAACGUGAACAGACUAAUCCAAUUAGUCAAGCUUGUGAUAACAAUCCUGUUUUUAUCUCUUCUGGAGAAGCCAUUGACUUAAUUGGGGCAUUUGAUAAUUACCACAAAUGGAAUUACAGAAGCUCUGGUUUGUACAAUAAUGCAAACAAGGUUGAGUCUUCACCACUAUUGGAUCUUUCCUUGAGAAGGUCUCAUCCCAGUAGCUCUGUGAAUCAAAUUACAGAUGAGAGGCAUAGGUUGAACCACUCUGAUGCGUCAGCAUUUUCACGGUACAUUAACAGGACAUUGCAGCCCCUACAUUCAACAUCCCCAAGCAUUUGCAAUCAACAUAAAGACUAUGAAGCUAUUUCUGAUAAAAAGUCAUCCAAUCACACCAUUGAUUACAAUUCUGACACUUAUGGACCAACAGUAAGUUCCCCGAAAAGUAUGAUUGCUCUGGCUACUGGUCAACUUGGACAGGCUGCAAUGUCAUUUCUUAGCCCUCAACAGAGUGUAUUUCCUGUUCCAGUAAGAGGUAUGAGGUUUGAGAAUCUACAAACCGCUUAUGGUUCUGUGAUGUCUCCAAUAUUUUGUACACAAUCAGGCCUGUCACCAACUCCAAGUCCUGGUUCAGCUAGCAAUCCAGAAGCCUCAUUUCAAAUGAAUCCAUUUCAUCCAUUCAAUGCUGCAACCAGAAACCCUCAACAGCUUUAUCAUCUGAUGGAUCAAAAAGCUAACAAUAUCAAUGAGCAAAUCGAGCAGAAGCAGUUGCACAAAUUGGAAACCUUGGAAGAUACAGCUCAUCUUUCUUCUGCCACUGAUCAGAGUGCAAGUAGCAGUUUUUGUAAUGGAUCUGUGAGCCAUCUCAACAGCAUUGGUUGUACAAGCAAUGGUGACGCCAAUCCAGUUCUGGCCAUCAGGGAUGCAUCUGAAUGUGGGAAUGAAGAUUUGACCAUUCAAGAUGGAAACUGUCAGAGAUCUAUACAAAGAGAAGCAGCUCUAACCAAAUUCCGGUUGAAGCGGAAGGACAGAUGCUAUGAGAAAAAGGUACGAUAUGAAAGCAGAAAAAAACUUGCCGAGCAGCGUCCUCGGGUGAAAGGACAGUUUGUUCGUCAAGUGCAUUCCGAACUUUUACCAAUGGAAACUGAGAAUCACUGUGGCAACUCAUUAGGUGGUUAGCUACUUGGCACACAAUGGAACAGAGUAGAACAUGGAUCCAGGCUGUAAUCGAAGAUGUUACAUCUACUGUUACAAUUUUUACCCCCUCCUGCGUUCUUGAUGCCCGAGGCACAAAGGUGUGAGGGUACGAAAAGAAUCUGAAGACUUAACUUCCGUAGCUUGUUCAUCCUAUAAAUGACUAAAGUACCAUACAUUUGCUGUAAAAUAUUGUUUUGUAGUGAUUGUGCAUUCUCCAUAUCAAACGAGAGGCUAUCCUUGGCUGUUUUUCUGGUCCUGUAUAAACAUUCUUUUCCAUGAUCCGUAUAUAAAUGUGCGAACUUGGUGCAGCUCGUCAGUUCUAUAGUACUGACUGGAACUAGAUAGAACCAGUGCAUCAUUCUUUGCUGUUCAGUUUAAUUCCUAAUUUUAUUUCGUUGUUUAACC